GACUUCCUCUCAGCCAUUUCCGGCGGAGUCCAGAAGUCGGAGCUUUUCCCUUCCUUGCCGGGUAGUUUGCUAAUUUUCUGCGUGAGUCUCCUUGUUUUAGUUCGGGAGGCGCCUGUGGGCUGGCCUGCUCCAGCCAUGGCGGGGGCCGCCCCGGCCACGGCCUUCGGGCAGGCGGUGAUCGGGCCCCCGGGCUCGGGGAAGACCACGUACUGCCUGGGCAUGAGUGAGUUCCUGCGCGCGCUCGGCCGGCGCGUGGCCGUGGUGAACCUGGACCCAGCUAAUGAAGGGCUACCCUAUGAGUGUGCCGUGGACGUGGGCGAGCUGGUGGGGCUGGGGGACGUGAUGGACGCGCUGCGCCUGGGCCCCAACGGUGGCCUGCUCUACUGCAUGGAGUACCUGGAAGCCAACCUGGACUGGCUGCGCGCCAAGCUCGAGCCCCUCCGAGGCCACUACUUUCUCUUCGACUGCCCCGGCCAGGUGGAGCUCUGCACGCACCAUGCCGCCCUGCGCAAUAUCUUCUCCCAGAUGGCACAGUGGGACCUCAGGCUGACGGCUGUCCAUCUUGUGGAUUCUCACUACUGCACAGACCCAGGCAAGUUCAUCUCAGUGCUGUGCACCUCCCUGGCCACCAUGCUGCAUGUGGAGCUGCCCCAUGUCAACCUCCUCUCCAAGAUGGACCUUAUUGAACACUAUGGGAAGCUGGCCUUCAACCUGGACUACUACACGGAAGUCCUGGACCUCUCCUACCUGCUUGAGCACCUGGCAUCUGACCCGUUCUUCAGUCACUACCGUCAGCUCAAUGAGAAGCUGGUCCAGCUCAUCGAAGACUACAGCCUGGUCUCCUUUAUCCCUCUGAACAUCCAGGACAAGGACAGCAUCCAGCGAGUCCUACAGGCUGUGGAUAAAGCCAAUGGCUACUGUUUUGGGGUUCAAGAGCAGCGAAGCCUGGAGGCCAUGAUGUCUGCUGCCAUGGGAGCUGACUUUCAUUUCUCCUCCACUCUGGGCAUCCAGGAGAAGUACUUAGCAUCCUCGGACCAGACGGCAGAGCAGGAAGCCAUGCAGCUCUAGCAGCUGGGUCUGGAUGACCGCUGGAUCGCCACCCAAAGACGUGUCCAGCCUGGAUGACCGCCGGAUUGCCACCCAAAGCCGUGUCCAGCCUGGCGGAGGAAGAUCAUCCUGCAAAGGACUUCCAAUAAAAAGCCAGACAUUGCACCCUCAGUGGUGCCCCAAGCUUGGAGCCUUGCCCCCACAAAAUGCUGCCUGAAAGUUGGGAACUGUCUCUAUUGGGGCUGCGGUGGGGUGUGUUGGGAUGUGAGAUUAUUCCCUGCUUUUUGUGGGCUUCAAACUUUUCUUCAAGUCUCUGGAACCAGGGGUUUGGAGCAAAAGAAAAGAAUUGUCUCUGUCCCUGCAAAUAACCCUGCGUCUUUGUUUUGUUUUCAUUGCAUUUAUUUUGUGUUUGUGCACAAUGUCUGUGUGACAGGCAGGCACACCUGUGGAGGUCAGGGGAUAGUUAGGUCAUGUAAGCUGCUUCUCUUCUGAAUUCUGGGAGCUGCCCUCAGGUUAUUGAACUUGGUGACAUGUUCCUUUACCUGCUGAGCCAUCAUGGCGGCCCCGCUUGUUUCUGCAUCCAGGUCAUGGUUUCACACAGCUCAGCUCAGGUGUGGGUUCUCAGCACUUGUCCUGUGAUUUGGCCAUUCUUCAGGGUUAACUGAGCCUUAAGGUCAGGCAUGCGCAGGUGACUGUUCCUAGCCAGACCUGACUUAAUGCUUGCUUUAUUUUAUCCUACAUAUUAUGUAGUUUUGUUCUGUUUGGGGCUAAUAUUUGAAAGAUUAGACAGGUGAUAGAGGCACACGCCUUCAAUCCCAACACUCUGGAGGCAGAGGCAGGUGAAACUCUUGAGUUCGAGGCCA